AUGGAUUAUUCACUAAUAGGCAAGGCUGGAAUUGUAACACGAUGGACUGCUCCACCAAUCAUUGUUCUAGGUGUUCUGGCUAAUUGUUUGAAUAUAAUUAUAUUAAGAAAACCAAAUUUAAAACGUCAUAGUUGUUCUCUUUAUUUUAUAAUAUUAUCAAUUAAUGGUCUAUUUUAUUCAAGUAUUUGUAUUACAUUAAAUUUAUUAUCAGAUGGUUAUCAAAUUGAUUUAUCUGGACACUCGAAUAUAUUCUGUAAAUUAACUACUUAUGCUUUCAAUUUUUGUCCACAUCUAUCUAGCUAUAUAUUGAGUGUUGCUUCAUUUGAUCGAUAUUGUUCAAGUUCAUUGAAUCCUCGACAAAGAAGAUUUAUUAAUGUUCAAACUGCUCGAUGGGUAAUACUAAUUGUUAUACUAUUCACUGGAAUAACUACGAUACCUAGUGCAACAAAUUUUGAUGUUGAUGAUACUAAUAAUAUCGGAUGUACGAGUAGUCCUAAUGUUCUUUUUAAUCAAGUAUAUUUGAUUAUACAAGUCAUUUUAUUAGUUAUAAUUUCACCAUUUCUUAUGAUAUUAUUUGGUUUUUUAACAAUAUAUAAUAUACAUAAAUCAAAUCAAAAUCAUGGAAUGGCUAUACGUUAUCGUCCAAGUGAAGGACAACUUGCUCGAAUGUUAAUUGUUCAAGUAUCAAGUCAAAUUAUAUUAAGUUUACCUUUUGUAACAAUACUUUUCAUGACUAUUCUACCAAUAUCAUUCUCAUCUACUAUUAUUUUUUAUUUUUUAUUUAUUAUAUUCAAAAUUCCUUUCUAUAUAACAUUUAUAACUCCAUUUUUCUUAUAUAUUUUAUCAGCUCGAAUGUACAGAGAUGAACUUAUUCAAAUAAUGAAGAAACUAUUUCGAAUUCAAACACAAGCAGCUGUUCAUCCAAUUGCCACUCUGACAAUAAGUAGACAAUUCGUAACAAAGCAUCAUUAA